AUGGCCACGGGUGCGGCUGGAGAUGGACUUCUCCGGGGUGUAUAUGAAGGGUGCAUUUCAGGCAGUGAUAUGGGAAUCCAGAGAAGGCCAUACCAUAAGAAUUGCAAGUGCCAACUACAUAAAUCGCGUCAAAAUUGCUUGCAUUUGUCAAAAUAUAGAAGCGUGUCGUAUCCUGUUAGGCGGUCUUGGAGCGAAGGUUGCCUUGCGUUGAUGGGUGUCGGAAUCUCGUCUUCGCCUUGUUCCUCCCCAGCUAGAUCCAUCGGGGAGAUAACAAGAAUGCAAACACAAUUGAUACUAUGUAAGGAAGACGAAGAAGAAGAGACUAAGUCCAUAAUUGAUACUUGUGUUCUGAAAAAUGUUACAUUGAUUGAUGGGGGAAGAAAAGUAAAGAGUUUGUGA